UCAGGUGGAGCAUUCCAAAAUGCACAGAGCUAUAGCAGCAGACACUUUAGCAUAUCUAACUGAAGUUGAUAGCAAUCUGCAACAGGUUGCAGCUAUUAGUAACCAGUUGGUCAGUGCUUUAGUUGAUCUGCUCAAGUGUCCUUCAGUUGAAGCCAGGAGAGCUGCCUUCAGGGCUUUUGCAUCUCUAGCAGCUAACGAUGAAGAUAUUAGAAAACGGAUAAUUGACACAAAAUGUCUAAUGGACAGGGUUGUAGAUGGUUUAGGUGAUGAUAAUAAGGAAAUAAGAUUGGCUGCAGUAAGGUGUUUGCACUCGCUAAGCCGUUCAGUCCAACAGCUAAGAACAACAUUUCAGGAUCAUUCUGUUUGGAGACCCCUGAUGGUACUUUUAACAGAUUCUCCUUGCACAGAACUACUGACUGCAGCAUCUUCAGCUUUAUGCAAUUUGCUUCUAGAAUUCUCUCCUGCCAAAGAGCCUAUGUUACAGCAAGGUGUUGUACAGUUACUGGCUAACUUAGCAUCAAGAUCGGAGCCUGAUCUUCGGCUGAAUGGGGUAUGGGCAUUAAUGAACCUGGCAUUUAGGGCAGAGCAAAGGGUCAAAUCACAGAUAAUAACUGCACUAGGUACAGAUCAAGUAUUCAGGUUGCUGGCAGAUAGUGACACUAAGGUCCUCAUGAAGACUCUAGGUCUGUUACGCAACUUAGUAUCUCCUAGAGCCCACACAGAUACAAUGAUGGCUUUACAUGGCCCACAAGUGAUGCAAGGAGUGGUAUUAGUAUUAGAAGGAGCUCAUCCACCCGAUGUUAAGGAGCAGGCACUCUGUAUACUGGGAAAUAUAGCGGAUGGAGAAAGAGCAAGAGAGCAUAUCAUGUCCAAUGAAGAUGUUCUGAAGAAGCUCGUAGGAUACAUGACACAUCCCUCAGUUUGCUUACAGGAAUCAGCAGUUUUCUGUAUAAACAACCUUACUAGGAGAGGGGAGCCUGGUUCAAUUGACCGACAAGCAAAAUUAAAAGAGAUGGGAGUGGUCCAGAUUUUACAGCAACUGUUGAGUACGGCGGAUCCUGUAUUGUUUAACAGGGAGAUGAAUAGUGAUUCAAUUUCCAGAGUGAAGGCAGCCCUCACGCAGUUUGCUGACGUCUGAAGUGCUCUCGAAGAUUUCUAAUGUACCUUAAUCCAACUACCAUCCUACGUUUCUUUAUAACCGAUACAGUUUGCUGGAUUUUUAACAUUGUAACUUUGUAUGGUAACCAGUGUUGCCGAACCGAGAAAGACGUAGUCGGUAGUUAGUGUCAUUGGAAUUCGGUAGAUUCAAGGGCAAAAUUGGUAGGAUGAAAAAAUCAGGCCCAAUGCCGGAUCAAGGGGCUUUGUAUCAUUUAACACCGUGUAUGAAAAAUGAGCAUAUUUUGUAUUGCGCGCGAACAUAUAACCACACAACACGGAUUUUUUAAGAGGAUUUUUUCCUGAAAAAAUAUCAACUCGUUUAUUAAGACUUGUACAAUAAAACUCAUUUGCAAUCAUCUUUGUUUGUUUGUUUGUUUCAGAUUUAUUUAGCAUUAAUGCUACAAUGUCCGUAAUAUCCAUACUACACGGUAUAUAAAUAUAUUAUGACUUCAUGACUACAUAUUUUUAUAUAAAAUUUCACUAUGAAUUCUGGUUUCCCAUGAGAUAUUUUAUCAAUUUCCCUUUGAAGAUUUUCAAACUGGCACACAUCUUGAUAUCAUUACUCAAUUAUUAAAUUCGUACAAUCCCUUUUGAAAUACUGACUUGCUCGUUAUAUUGCUACUGCAGUUUUGUAAAUGAAAGUCUAUACUUCCUCUAGUAGAAUAAUUGUGGCACUCAUUGUUCAAUACAAUAAAAUUUUCUAAGUGAUUUAGUAGAUGAUUUUUUAACUUGAAUAUUAUAAUGAAAACCAAGUAGACUAUGAAAUUUUUGAUAAUUAACCAUUGUAGUUCUUUCAGCAUAGAAUUUAUUCUAGUAUAUUUAUUUAAGAUGAUUCUCGUAGCUUUAUUUUGUAAUAUUUGUAAUUUUGAAAAUACAGUUUCAUUUGCAGUGUACAAAAUAGUCGAACAAUAUAACAAAUGAGGAAGAAUGAUAGUGUUGCACACAAUUUUUUUAGAAUAAACGGUUAGUCUAUGCGAAAUUCUAUAAAAGUAACUUAUUUUCUUGGAUAUUUUUGAAAUAAUAUAUUCAUAGUGCCCUUCAAAUUUUAAUUUACUGUCUACGUAUAUGCGCAAAUAUUUAAAUGAUUCGAUUGACACAAUUUUUUCAUGAUUGAUUGUAAGAUUUAUCGUAUUUUGAUCAAAAGAUUUUUCUAUUAGCAUAUAUUUUGUUUUCUUUGUGUUUAGUUUAAGUUUAUUUACAUUUAACCAAUUUAUUACGUUUGUCAUAUCAUUAUUUAACAGCUCUAUUGAAGUUUCAAUGUCUUUAUUUUAUAUAGGUAUAUUAAUGUAUCAUCAGCAGUUGCAUUUUGCAGUGUUGUAAAAUAUCAGGAAUAUCGUUAAUAUAUAAAAUAAAUAGUAAUGGACCUUUUGCUACCCUGCGGCACACCUACCGAAAUGUUUUCAAUGUUUGAUAAUGUAUUGCCGAUUUUAGUUCUUUGACUUCUAUUGAUUACAUAAUGUUGUAAUAAGUUUAAUACUGAACCUUGAAAUCCAUAGCAAUGCAAUUUCAUUAACAAUUUCUCCCUGUCAAAUGCUCUCUUGAAAUCUAAGAAUAAUGUUACUGUAAACUUUUUUUCAUCCAUAUUUCGCCUCCAUUCUUCUACUACCAUUUGAAUUGCUGUUUCAGUAGAAUACUUUUUUCUGAAUCUUGCUUGAAAUUUUGUCAAUAUUUUAUUUUCUUCAAUAUAUUCAAUGUCUUGUUCAUAUAUGAUUCCUUCUAAGAGCUUCUCGACAUUUGGCAGUACAUUAAUUGGCCGCAUGUUUGUAUAUAACUCAGAAUUCUGCACUUUUGGAACAGGAGUAAUUAUAAAACAUUUUAACUUUGAAGGAAAUUCGCCAUACACUAAACAGUGAUUCACUAACAAUAAUAACUUAUCUCCAAUAAUGUUGAAACAUUCAUUCAUAACCAUUUUUGAAAGAUGUUCAUUAGGAUUUCUAUUCGAUUUAAAUCUUGUAAUAGCUUUUGAAAGAUGGCUUAUAUUUAUUGUUUGGAAUUGUCUUGGACACACCUUUUUCUAUUCUUGUUUAUAAGAUGUGAAUAUUUUUCGGUUUUAUUCCUGAAGUUGAAACCUUAUCAUCUAGCAUUUUAAUUUAAUAUUUGAUUAUUGAAAACAGAUGAGCUUUGCUUUCCUUAUUGCUUCUCCGGUAAUGAGGUAAUGACGCUUGAUGUAUCAGUCUGUACCUCUUGUACGCACAAAAACCAAUACAGGGAAUGCGGAUUAAAUGAUGUGCGUAUAUAAUUAUAGACAACCCAAAUCUUUGUCCUUCGUGUGCCCGACUGCUUAAGUGUAUAAGAUAGGUAUGGGACAUGAAACCACAUAGACUACGACUAAUAAUUCAUUUUUUCAGCAUUAUUUUUGGUUGUAUCUCUUUUUCGAAAAAAUGAAAAUAUCCGAAUUAUUUAAAAAAAAAUCGUUUUCAAUAUUUCUGUAAACAAGGUCUCAUUUCGGUAGAAAUACCGAAAAAUCGGUAGGUUCGGCAACACUGAUAGUAACUUAGUAUGUAUAUAUGAUUUAUAUAGUAUUGUCAUUCGGUGAGUUUACAUGGAUCUCCAAACCGGCUUAACUCAAAUCGAGUUAAACGAAUCUGUAUGAUUAAUAUCAGUUUAACAGCUAACCUCAAAGUAAUGUAUAGCCUAAGGUACGAUUCCACCAAAGUCGUCUUCAAGCUAUGGUGAAAGCAUACUUUUUAAGUGUUAAUCGGGCAAAAAAUUGCCUUUCAGAGUAAAAAGGUUAUACCCUAUGAUCAAAAAGUAUCGGGAAUUUAUGAAUAAAACAAAAACGGCUUAAUUUUCAAUCAAAUUUAGUUUAUCGUCUUCAAAAUAACAUCCACCUGAAGCAACACACAUGUACUAGCGUUUCAUCCACUGCUCCAUGCACCGCUGGUAGGCCGCCUAAGGUAUGGCCUUUAGCUUUCUCGUCGCGUUCUGCUUGAUGUCAUCUAUGGACUGAAAUAUCUUUCGCCGAAGUAGUAAUUUGAGUUUUGAGAAGAGAAAAAAGUCGCACGGGGAGAUAUCAGGUGAAUACGGUGCUUGUUCAAUGGCAUUACUUGAGAUGUUUGGUCAAAUAAUCAAGCACAACUCUGGCCCGAUGCGACGGCGCGUUAUCAUCGUGCAAAAUCCACGAAUUAUCUUCCCACAAUUCUGGCCAUUUACGACAUAUAGUAUCCCUGAAAUGCUUCAGAAUGGACAAGUAAUAUUCUAUUCACUGUCUGGUCCGGUGGUAGAUACUCCUUGUUAAUCAAAGAAAAUAGUCAAUACAGCCUUCACUAUUGAGCGGCUUUCGCAUCACCAGUAAUUAGGCGUCUCAUGAAGGUCGGAUCAUUAUUCGCUUCAUAAAUAUUGACGCAAAAAUAUUGACACGAAUGUCAGUUCUGGUGGUACCAACAAAAAAAAAUCAUAAUCACCGGUUCUUCCAUGCGCAGUUUACUGAAAUUAAAAAUUCCGGGUACUUUUUGAUCAUGAAAUAGGUGUUACAAUUGCACCUCAUAUAGGAACGUUCUUUCAUGCGGGAAAAAGGAAUCAUCAUGGAUGUAAUUGUUAAUUAAUAAUUCCAGACGUAUUAAUCGAAAAGACUCUUGGCACGUGUAAAUUCGAACGAAAAUCAAAUAUUCAGGAAAAAAAACUAAAGGAGCUCACUAUUUUGACAGGAAACGUCCGUGUAUGGGCUGUGGAUGUCCAUAUUUACGCUGUAACCAUAGUCAAGACACAAAGCAUCAAUAAUUCAUGUUUUUCGUGUGAUCUAUGUGGCAAAAAUGGAAUAAAAAUCGAUAGCUUCAACCUUGUCAGUGUUGCUGAUUAUUGGUUUAUAAUAAUCUAUCGAUGCUUACCCAGAUUUUAUGAUCGCGCUUUUUGUUCAAAUUUACUUUUGCCCAGAUUUACGUGUUUCAUCGUGGGGAUAUUUCUCAUUUGCAGUCUACCAAACAUGUUAUUCACAAAGUUUGUUGAAUAUUUUCUAAUGUGCAACAUGUUGUGGAAAAAUAAAUGAGUAUGCAACAUUAAUAAAACUUUGUUUUGUCAAUCAGCUCAUUAUAAAUAUAGCAGUUUCUGAAUAUCUUCAGGCAGUUUUUGGCAUUUCCACUUUUAGAAGCUUUAUUGAACUGAUAGAUAAGUUUACUUUAUUAAAUAACGUGGUUUUUAGCUAUAUUCUAAUUCAAAGGGUAAACACCAAUUUUAUAAACAAUAAUUAAAUGGGAACAGUACUUAUGCAAUGUACAUUCGUAAUAUUAAAAAGUACGCCUGCCAACAAUCACGACCUUUUGCUAUCACAUUUACGCACAAAUUUCAACAGAGGUGUGGACACAUUAGAUUUUUGUGCUCAGUGUAUGCUGAUGGAUCUGUCCAAUAUCCUUGAGUGUAAUAUGUACACAUAUGAAAAGACUCCUUAGCCUGUUCCGGACAUCAUAAGGCUUUUAGUUUUUCAAAUCUACUCAUUUUUGCAAAAAAAUAGUCAAUUAGGG